GGGAAGGGUGGGGUGGAGGUGCAGCCAGAGGGAGCGUCAAGAACGUGGGUGGAACUGACAGACGGGGCGAAGUUGUCAGGGAAAUGAAGGACUAAGCAAGACAGUGUCUGCAACACAGAGUGCAGCUGACAUCAACAGAAGACAGAGACAUGGUUGGAGAGAACAAGGAGUGACUGAGGGGAAAAACAAGAGAUCAGCAGCCAACCGUUGCCACUUUAUCUUUUCCAUCUAUAUACGGAAACCACUGGAUAAUUUAUAAGCCUCUCCCUCUGGCUGUGUUGGAGUGUGUGUGUCAAAAGAGAGAGGGGCUCUGCUGUGCUCACCACCAACAUGCUGUGUCCUGCUGCUGUCAGUGUAGUUGCUGCGGCUGUCUGGCUGCUGGCAGUGUUGGGCCCAGGCCUGUCUCUUUCAUCUGAGGACAACUCCGAGCCAGGCUUCACCCUUUGCAGUCAUUGCUUCUACAGACAGACACCACCUCAGGGAGCCUCUGCAGAGCUGCUGCUGCAUCCAGUCUGCCACAGACUACCCAAGGGACAGACGUUUGCCACACUGUCCAAACAAAACUGUGACACAGCUGUCUACUCUGCCUUCUAUCUCAAGCAUGGAUGGACAGAGGGAGAGGAGGGGGAAGACCUUUCGUCAGAGAAAGAGGACAACAACGUUAAAGUGCCAGUACCAGCUCUCCUCAGAGAUCCUUCUAAUCCCAUCUUGCCCUCAGACUCCCCUCUGCAACACUGGGACUCAACAGUCACAACACUGGUUCAGUCAAGCUUUAUUCCCCAGUGCAGCACUUUAGGGGGGGAUCUUUACGUCCUGACUGGGGCGGGAGGUCUUCAGGCUGCUGAAGAUGGAGAUGAGGAGUGUCAGACGGAGCCUUUGUGGUCUGCUGUAUGCUGUGCGGUCCCAGAGGGGAAGGGUGGCUUCAGCACUGGAUUAAUCAGAGAGACGGGAGGGAGGGACAGGCAAGUGAGCACAAAGGAGCUGCAGGAGAUGCUGGGAAUGGCAGAGAUGUUCUCCGAAGGCUGCGGAGGAGCAGACAUAGAGACUGUUGGAGCUGUCAUAGGUCUUCACAGUGAGGGGAACCCUGAAAAUAUAGAAACCAAAAAUGUAGAUGCUCCCAGCGAAGAGACACAAGAAAAAGAUGCAAAAUCAGUCUCUACUGAUCCAGUUACUGAAGGAGAGAAUAAUGUUAAUGCUCAACCAGAGGAUGUCACUCAGGAAACUUCAGCAGAGGCAGUGAAAUCAGAGAACAGCAGUGAAGAGCAGGGUGAUGCCAGGCGUUCAGGAGCUGUCACAUCAGAGGCUCCUGAGUCAUCAAUGGACCGUGAGACUGUGGAUGAACAGGAGGCCGAUGAAAAAUCCACCAGUACUCUGGUCUACCUCCUUUCCACUACUGUGUCUAUUCUUAAAGCGCCACUGCAUCCUGUGGUCUCCACAGUCUCCCAGUUAUCUGGUCAGGUGACAUAUGUUCUUCAGGAAGACCUUGGUGUUCUCUGUGGCUUGCCUGGAGAAACCUUCUCCUUGCUGCACCUCUUGACAUCUGACCUCUUGUCCUGGAUGGGCUUGGGUGUAGAUUUGGUACUAGGUGCUGGAGAAACCUGCUUCUCCAACGUCUACUACUGCACCUCCUCCAUGGUGGGAGCCCUGUUCAGCAACUGUCACACUGGCGUGACUGGUGUGGGUACCCUGGCCGGUGACACAGUUGGGGUAUUUGGUGGUGCGUUGGAUAAUGCUUGGUGGGUGACCAAGUUCUUUGGAGGGCGUCUGUGGGACCACAGUGAGGGAUAUGUAGGAACUGUGAUGUCAGAGAUGGGGGGUCAGACUAAAGCUGUAGGUGGAGGGUUGGGGAGGCUGGUGUGGAGAAUUGGAAAGGGAGUGUAUAAUGUGUUUUGGGUGGGAGGGGGUACCAUAAUGGGUAUCAUAGAUCUGGUCUUUGGCUCAGUUAGAGAGGCAUUUGGACAGGAGUCGGAGUGA